AUGCUAUUUUCCAACAAUUCAUAUGAUGCCCCCAAAUCUUUUAUUCUUAAUGGUAUUCCUGGUCUCGAAAGAGUACAUGUAUGGAUCUCCAUCCCAUUUUGUGCAAUGUAUAUCAUCUCCCUUUUGGGAAACCUUGGCCUUGUGUACCUCAUUCAUCACGAGGAGUCCUUGCAUCGUCCAAUGUAUUUCUUUCUGGCCAUGCUGUCCCUCAUUGACCUCUUUACCUGCACCACUACUUUACCCAAUACACUGUGCAUCUUCUGGUUCAACCUCAAAAAAAUCAACUUCAAUGCUUGUUUAGUCCAGAUGUUCUUUGUCCAUGGGCUCACAGGUGUGGAGUCUGGGGUGCUCAUGCUCAUGGCUCUGGACCGCUAUGUGGCUAUCUGCUACCCAUUGCGUUACGCCACCAUACUCACUAACCCUGUCAUUGCCAAAGCUGGACUUGCCACCUUCCUCAGGGGCGUGUUGCUGAUGAUUCCUUUCCCAUUCUUGGUCAAACGUUUGCCCUUCUGCCAGAGUAAUGUUAUCUCCCAUACAUACUGUGACCACAUGUCAGUGGUGAAGUUGUCCUGUGCCAGCACCAAGGUCAAUGUCAUCUACGGUCUGAUGGUUGCCCUCCUGAUAGGAGUAUUUGAUAUUUGCUGUAUAUCAGUAUCUUAUACCAUGAUCCUCCGAGCAGUGGUCAGCCUCUCAUCAGCAGAAGCUCAGCAGAAGGCCUUCAGCACCUGCACUGCCCACAUAUCUGCUAUCAUCAUCACCUAUGGUCCAGCCUUCUUCACUUUCUUUACCCACCGUUUUGGGGGACACACCAUUCCCCCUUCUCUUCACAUCAUUGUGGCUAAUAUUUAUCUACUUCUUCCCCCAACUCUAAACCCUGUUGUCUAUGGGGUGAAGACAAAACAGAUCCGAUACAGUGUCAUAAAGAUUUUUCAGGGUGAGAAAGAUAUAAGUAUUCAGGACAACUGA